GGUUUAGGGCUCCGUCUGAGAAUGGGGAGGAGUGUCUGAGGACUCGUCAAGGUAGCAGAGGGAAGUGUCUCUGUCCCUUUGUCAUGCUAAUCCAAGGCAGAGGAGUUCCGUCCAUCACCAAGGCUCAACAGUUUGAAUGGGACAGCACACAAAGGUUAGUUGUCGUCCUCCGAACAAAGACAUCUCAGACGUUCUCAAAAGUUUGGAGAAACCUAUCGGUUGCUCCAGAGAAGAUGCGUCUGUUUCACCCAGCGUUCUCCCACCUCAUCUUGCAGGAUAAUAACUUUUUUAACCAGUAAAUAAUCUUUCGUGAACUCCUGUUUGGUUUCAUUGUUCAAUUUUAGGCUAUGCAUGGUUUUAGUUGGUUAUGUCCAGUUUGUGAAGUAGUUGCGCGCAAAAUAGUUUUAUGUUCUUAUUUUAUUUGAAAGCGAUUGAAAUACUCGGAAGUGCAUUUUUGUAUGGACUCAGUAGUAGGAUAAGCCGCACACCUUUUAGGGGACUGUUUAGAGCUAAAUGGCCGAGAGUGCGCUUUUCUUAAUCAUUUUCAUAUGGUUGCACCGUUUCCCCGAAGUGGUUUGAUACUUCUUGCACCGUUUCCCCGAAGUCGUUUGGUACUCCUUGGGAAAAAAUAAACAGUAAUAGCAAUAGUCCUAUUUAUUUCUAAGAAUUAUGUAACUUGAUCACUCGUGUUUUUUUUAUGUGAUUGGGAGAUAGCAUAGAUGCAUGCAGAAGUCGAGCGGCCUGCGCAUUGGUCCCUAAUUAUGAAAUAUUUUCUCCAAAAUAACCAUGUCCUUAGUGGCCAUUAUGUGGUUACUCAAUUAGACAAAAAGGGAUAGGCUACUAUUCUCAGAAGAGGCUUUUUAGAGGGGGAUUCCCUGAGCCCUGGGUGUUUGGUUAUCUGAGGUGCCACACCGCCAUUCUCUGUAGCAGACAGAUUAUUAAUAGAGGAUUUAGUUGUUGCGAAAAUGUUUUAUUAGAAAAACUUAUUACAGGUAUUAUCAGUUAUUAAUAUACAGCCUACUACAGUUGAAGUCGGCAGGUAGCUUAGUGGGUAAGAGCGUUGUGCCAGUAACCGAAAGGUCGCUGGUUCUAAUCCCCGAGCCGACUAGGUGAAAAAUCUGUCGAUGUGCCCUUAAGCAAGGCACUUAACCCUAAUUGCUCCUGUAAGUCGCUCUGGAUAAGAGCGUCUGCUAAAUGACUAAAAUGUAAAAAAAAAAAAAAAAAAAAAAUGUUUACAUACACCUUAGCCAAAUACAGUUAACUCAGUUUUUCACAAUUCCUGACAUUUAAUCAUAGUAAAAAUUCUCUGUUUUAGGUCAGUUAGGAUCACCACUUUAUUUGAAGAAUGUGAAAUGUCAGAAUAAUAGUAGAGAGAAUGAUUUAUUUCAGCUUUUAUUUCUUUCAUCACAUUCCCAGUGGGUCAGAAGUUUACAUACACUCAAUUAGUAUUUGGUAGCAUUGCCUUUAAAUUGUUUAACUUGGGUCAAACGUUUCGGGUAGCCUUCAACAAGCUUCCCACAAGUUGGGUGAAUUUUGGCCCAUUCCUCCUGACAGAGCUGGUGUAACUGAGUCAGGUUUGUAGGCCUCCUUGCUGGCACACACCUUUUCAGUUCUGCCCACACAUUGUCUAUAGGAUUGAGGUCAGGGCUUUGUGAUGGCCACUCCAAUACCUUGACUUUGUUGUCCUUAAGCCAUUUUGCCACAACUUUGGAAGUAUGCUUGGGGUCAUUGUUCAUUUGGAAGACCCAUUUGCGACCAAGCUUUAACUUCCUGACUGAUGUCUUGAGAUGUUGCUUCAAUAUAUCCACAUAAUUUUCCUUCCUCAUGAUACCAUCUAUUUUGUGAAGUGCACCAGUCCAUCCUGCAGCAAAGCACCCCCACAGCAUGAUGCUGCCACCCCCGUGCUUCACGGUUGGGAUGGUGUUCUUCGGUUUGCAAGAACCACCUUUUUCCUCCAAACAUAACAAUGGUCAUUAUGGCCAAACAGUUAUAUUUUUGUUUCAUCAGACGAGAAUACACUUCUCCAAAAAGUACGAUCUUUGUCCCCAUGUGCAGUUGCAAACCGUAGUCUGGCUUUUUUAUGGCGGUUUUGGAGCAGUGGCUUCUUCCUUGCUGAGCGGCCUUUCAAGUUAUGUUGAUAUAGGACUUGUUUUAUUGUGGAUAUAGAUACUUUUGUACCUGUUUCCUCCAGCAUCUUCACAAUGUCCUUUGCUGUGUUCUGGGAUUGAUUUGCACUUUUCGCACCAAAGUACGUUCAUCUCUAGGAGACAGAAUGCGUCUCCUUCCUGAGCGGUAUGACGGCUGCGUGGUCCCAUGGUGUUUAUACUUGCAUACUAUUGUUUGUACAGAUAAACGUGGUACCUUCAGGCGUUUGGAAAUUGCUCCCAAGGAUGAACCAGACUUGUGGAGAUCUACAAUUAAUUUUCUGAGGUCUUGGCUGAUUUCUUUUGAUUAUCCCAUGAUGUCAAGCAAAGAGGCACUGAGUUUGAAGGUAGGCCUUGAAAUACAUCCACAGGUACACCUCCAAUUGACUCAAAUUAUGUGAAUUAGCCUAUCAGAAGCUUCUAAAGCCAAGACAUCAUUUUCUGGAAUUUUCCAAGCUGUUUAAAGGCACAGUCAACUUAGUGUAUGUAAACUUCUGACCCACUGGAAUUGUGAUACAGUGAAUUAUAAGUGAAAUAAUCUGUCUGUAAUAAAUUUUAGGAAAAAUUACUUGUGUCAUGCACAAAGUAGAUGUCUUAACUGACUUGCCAAAACUAUAGUUUGUUAAAAAGAAAUUUGUGGAGGGGUUGAAAAACGAGUAUUAAUGACUCCAACCUAAGUGUAUGUAAACUUCCGACUUCAACUGUAUACCAUUACUUAUCUAUUUUUUACUUCACACUUUUUUUCUGGAAACUGCGUUGUUGGUUAAGGGCUUGUAAGUAAGCAUUUCACUGUAAGGUCUACUACACAUGUGGCAAAUAAAAUUUGAUUUGAUUUGAUUAAACAAAGUAGAUGUAGUUACAGUGGAAGGCCAGUCAUAUAACACUCACACACACACUGAGUAGAACCCAAAUGUGUAGGAGGCCUUCUCUGUGAAUUGGGAUUCCCCAAUGGUGUGUAUAAAAAAAAAAUCCUCCAUAUCUGUUUUUUUGCUCUGCCUUGCUGCCCUGUUGUCUGCAUGAUGACCCCAACUCCUCAUAUGAGGGAAAGCUGUUUCAGGUGGCCAGAGCAGGGUGAACUAACUCAUGCUGAUGGAUUGCAUGUAGCUGACUGUGUAAAUGGAUACCCCACUUCCUGAAGAACCAUCAGCCUGGCGGAGCAGGAAACCUUGGAUUAUCAGACCCAGAAGACUCAGACCCUGAAGUGUGUGUGUGUGUGUGCUUGUGUGUGUGUUUGGGGGAGGGGAGUUGUAUAUCUCUGUCAUAGCCCCAGUCUCAGAGAGUAAAUAUUGCUGAAAUCAUCACAACGUCUCAGUGUAGCAGACAGCCCGGCUCAAUGACAUAGAUAAAGGAGAAAUGGCAUAUUGAUUCAGGGACACAGAGCAGCCUUCUCAGUCAUCAAUUCUUUGUCCACAAAAGUGAGGACAUUUUUUGUUUCCAUCUCAGAUAUCAUUAAUGCUGGAGGCUGAAUUAUUUCCCUGGGAUCUGUUUUCCUACUCUGUAAGGUUUCCUCAUUUAGCUCCUCAGCUCCAGACAGUAGGGUUUAGAGAACAGAGGGUAUUUAUAGUGUGCUCUAUAUGCUGACUGGACGGGACUGUCUUAAACUACUGCCCUCUGCAUUAAACAAUGUGUUUUAUUUGGACGUUGAUGUAAUUGGAGAAAACUAAAGUAAAGCCCUUUGCUCCAAGGUAGAAACGUUAUGUUGUGUGCAUUGUGUGUGUGUGUGUGUGUGUGUUUGGGGGUUGGGGAGUUGAUUUGAGUUUCAGAAUUAUUUUUAUGGGCGGCUCUUGGUAGGAGUCCAUUUUUACAUAACCAUGGAGUCAAUCGUGUGUGUGUGUGUGUGUGUGUGCAUGGCUGUGUUCAAUAGACUCUACAAAGCGCUCUGUUGAAUGUGUGUGUAUUUGUGAGAGAGUCAGUUCUGACUGUUGUUUAUCCAGGAUACACACUCUGUCUGGGUAAAUCCUACUUCUUCCGCUUUAACCACCCUGAGGAGGCCAGACGUAUGAAGAGCAUGCAGCCCCAGAAGAGUCCUGUCGCCACAAUGGUCUACGGCUCAGGUAGGUACCAAUCUCUCUCUCACACAACCCUGAAGACUACACUCUUACAGCUAUGUCUCUACAUUCCCCAUUCCUACUGCUAUUCUCCCCUGUUUGUCCCCCUUAUCCCCUUGCAAGAGGAACCUCCAGAAGUGCCAAGGUGUCACUGUGAUGGAUGUGUGGUAAGGAAGUGGUUCUCAGAGUUCAGAAUGUAUUUGUUCUCUCGCUCUAUCUAUCUGUCUCUUUGUCUGCUGGGGGCAAGGGUCAUGCUCUGGCUCUGCUUGGCUCUACUCUGCGUUACUUAAGUCUGAUGGUUAUACUCUUCAGCUAAACGAUUACGUACACAGCCAAAGUACUUGGGUCAAACUGCCCAUGUAAGGUAUAAAUAAAUGGAAGUCCACCACAUCCUCCCCUGUCCGGUGUGAGUUUAUCCACUGCUGAGAGAACAAAUGACAGCAUGUCAGCACAGAUAAACAGAGCCUGAGGUCAGCCAGCCCAGGUGGUCUCAGAGCAGAAACCCCGCACUGCAUGCUGGGCCGCGGGUGCCGGGUCGGUGGGAGGAAGGGGCGUGCUUACAGAGGUGCUUCCUCAGUGCCAGAAAGUACAAAGGCAUUCUGUCCCAUCUCGCUCCGCCAGCAUUCUUCCAUUUUUAGAAGAAGCUUUCCUUAACCACAGACUGUGUUUGUUUUGGGCCCAGAACCGUCUGAAGGACGUUCUUCGCUGGUUUCUCCCUCCUUAGUCAGCAUACUACAGGGGCUGAUCACUGUUUGGUUACUAGAUCCCACUCAGCCUGAUUGCCUCAGUUUCUCUCAGCUUAUAGGAGUUAGGCUUGAGUAUAGGGUGUGUUUUACUCCACUGUUUAUAAGGGUGCUCCAAGACAGGAUCAUAUAUCCACAUUAAUGAGAGUUUGAUUUCUAUGCAUCUGAUAUUUCCACAGACUGUGUAAAGAUUAAGCACAGCAAUGGCGGCUCAGUGGGUGGCACCAUGAUGAGAGGCUCCCGAUCAAAGGCGGAGCUGCAGGACUUGAUGGAGACUCUGCAGCGCAGGAAGAGUGCUCUAGAGGCUAGCCUGAGGGCCAGCGCAGAAUCUACCCGUACCUACCUCAGCCUGCCCCCUCCCAGCCCCCUGUCCCCCACGGCCCCCAGGAGUGCCGAGCGCCCCCCCUCCUCCAGAGGCCUCCCCUACAUGACCAGUAGCAGCAUGCCCCCCUCCCCUCGCCAGGGCGAGCGACCUCUCAGCCCCAAACCGCCAUACACCCGCUCACGCCACCAAUCACAGGACAGCCUGCUCCUCUCUAGCUCCUCUGAUGGGCGUCGCCCAACUGUAGCCAGUUCUCUGCUGUCCAUGUGGAAUGGUUCCUGUUCCUAUGGGGAGCCUGCCCCCCGUCCUCCUCGGGGCCACAGUGGGGCUGCCAGCAUGCCCUCCAGCCCUCGUCUAGGCCGCAGGCUCUACGCCCAGGGCCGGAACGGGGACAAUGGUAUGGACCCUGCACCCCGUCAGAGGAAGUACUCUACAGGGUCACUCAACGGCCUGGGCUCUACCCACAGCCGCUCUCUACCCCGCCUCCACCGGUCGGCAGACUCUGCAGCCCUGUCCCUGCCCCCACGCCACUCCAUGGGCUCCCACAGAGGGGAGAAGGGUUCUGUGUCCCUGUCCUCCAAUACGAGGCGCAGCCUGUCUCCUCUGGAACGGCCGCCAGACGUAACAGUGCCAGCCACAGCCAGCGUACCGGGUACUCCCCGCAGGGCCAGCCUGGCCUCUCUGGCCUCUCUGGGCUGUGAACUGGAGCAUGGGGGCCUGCGGGGAUCCUCACCCUGCCUGGACCUGGGCCUGGGGGAGAGGAGGCUGUCCUUUGGGAAGGGUGGGCUGGGGCCGAGAUCAAGAAGAGGCAGCAUCAGCUCUCUGAAUGGGAAGGAGGAGCUUACAGACUACCACAAGCACCAGAGAGACGAGAGGCUCAGAGAACAGGAGGUGCAGAGACUGGUGAGACAAACACAGCCUUAGAUCAAUCAUUUUACUUCUUGUCUAAUGCACUCUAUUCAUUAUUAUUAUACCAUUAUUAUUAUUAUUAUUAUUUUAUUAUUAUUAUUAUUAUUAUUAUUGUUAUUAUUAUCAUCAUCAUGAUGAUCCUGUCUUUAUUCGUCAGUCUAGAGUCUGCUAUUCUAGAAGGCUCUGAUUGUGUGACUUGUACGCCUGGUUUCAUUCUGCUAGUUCGUCUGGUCCCGUCUCUUUACUAGGGACUGUUAUGAAAACAUGAAAGUGCUUAUAGGGCUUUGAUUUCAGCUUUUGUUACUUGAGAAGGCUAAUUGGAUGUUCUGACUAGUUGUCAUCAUGUUUCACAAGCUCCCUGUUUAAUUGACUGAACACGCUCUCACACUCCUGCUGUAGAGAGAUGGAACACACACGGAGCGGUGCGCCAUGAACCAGUUGGUCAGACUGUUGGUCAGACUGGUUAAGACUCCUUUGAACUUUGUGUUCCUCAGAAAAUCACUUGAUUACAUUUGAAAUGUGGUUUUCUCUGGUUUUAUUGUGUUUUAUGGGUAGUUUAUAGGUUGUUUGAUCAUGCUUUUGGGUGAUCACAUGAUCCCAUUGUGUUGACAAAAGACUGUAAAUAGAUCAAAAUACCCAUCAAUGAAAUAAUUGGAUCCCAAUAGCACAGUCUGAGUCUAAUGAGUAGUAUAUUGGCUAUAAUGUGUGACUGUUAACCACUGGUCCUCUCCCUGUAAUGUGUGACUGUGUUAACCACUGGUCCUCUCCCUGUAAUGUGUGACUGUGUUAACCACUGGUCCUCUCCCUGUAAUGUGUGACUGUGUUAACCAUUGGUCCUCUCCCUGUAAUGUGUGACUGUUAACCACUGGUCCUCUCCCUGUAAUGUGUGACUGUGUUAACCACUGGUCCUCUCCCUGUAAUGUGUGACUGUUAACCACUGGUCCUCUCCCUGUAAUGUGUGACUGUUAACCACUGGUCCUCUCCCUGUAAUGUGUGACUGUGUUAACCACUGGUCCUCUCCCUGUAAUGUGUGUAGGAGCGCCAGCGGUUGGAGACCAUCCUGAGCCUGUGUACUGAGCUGGGCCGUUUGGAGCGGGACCAGGGCGGCUCGGCCAUCUCCGACCUGCAGAAGAUCAACAAGGAGCUGGAGAAGCUGCAGGUGUCUGAUGAUGAGUCAGUGUUCUCCGACUCCCCCGGCACCGCCCCGGAGAACGGCUAUGGCACCAAGGCCCCUGAGGAGCGGCAGGUCCACCAGCGCCGCCACAGCGGGCACAGAGAGGCCAGGGAUGCCAGGGCCCAGUCACCUGCUGUCAGCCUGCGCAGCAGUGUCCCCUCACCCUCCCCUCACCACAGAGCCAGGGUAAGUCCUGGUGACAUGUUUAACAUUGUCUUGAGACCCGAGGUCUUUCAUAUCUAAACCUUUCAACACUCAAAUAAGCACAUGAUCUUAGACAGCCAAACAUGUGGGUGCGCACACACACAGUAGAAAAGGAGUGGGAAAAGUAUGAAAAGAAAGAAGGAAUUCCCCCUUGCCUAGGGGCUUGUUGUUGAUCAUUACUGGGUUAGGGAGGGAUUUAUCAAAGCAUCUGCAUGACACAGUAACUCAUUCCGCCAUAGCUGUGUGUGUUCACUAAUGAAAGAGAUGGUGUGAAUAUAGAUACAUGCAUUAGCCAGUAGAGGAAACUAUGCAGCCCUGUGGGGGUUGAGGUAUCAUUGUUGUUAAAGAUAUAAGGAGUUCUCCUUAUAUAUCCCAUAUGUUCACAGUGGAAGUGUAUUCAAACACAGAGUACACCUCCAUUGGUGCCCCAGUAUGUCAUGAGGAGCUCAGUCUCUCUGCACCUAACCCCAGUCUCAGUCUAAGAGCCACUAUUACAGUUAUAGUGGUGCUGUAAAACUGUGGCAUUUUUCCAGUCUAGAGCAGUAAUGACUUAAUGGUGCGUUUGGUUUUAAUGGAGGAGUUCUCUGGGGAAUACAGUUACAGCACUCUGCCACUCAAACUCUCUGAAAGGAGGGGGAACAGGAAAUGACUUUAUCCCCAGUAGAAUAACCGUGCACACGCGUGUGUAGUGUAUAAGAGUGUGUAAGAGAAAUGUGUAUUUCUCCAGAUGUUUUGUUAAUGUUAAAGUACUUAUAGUACCCGGUAACUACUUUGUAGCUGAUAUUAAUAUUUAUACCAUUACAAUAGAUAAUCAUACAAGCUUUGUGUAUUUGGAAAAUAAAAUCUACUCUACUACUUUAAUGGUACCAACUACCAGAUUAGUAUGAUAUUUCAUUCCAUGUAGAGAAUACAUUUCCGCUAUCAUUUGUUACGGCUGAGGCAGAGUCCCAUUAAAGACACUAGUUAUUGAACCUUCCAAUCCACUCUCUUCUUCCUUCUCAUAUUCCUAAGUCCUGGUAGUGGAACAGUGGAGCAGCCAGUCACAUACCUUCUCUGAAACAGCCCAUAAAUUCCAGGACUGCUGCCUGCCUGCCAUAUGAGGCUCCGACUGCUGUUCAGCAGGACUCCUGAAGGCUGCUAUCUGGAGGUGGAGCAGGCAGCAGAUAUGAUAGAGGUUGUGAUGUGUCAGAUACAGAAUGUGCGCGGAUGUGUGUGGAUUAGAUCAGGGGCUAAUGAGAGGAGCGGGUGUUGACUCUCUGGUGGCAGCAGGGCUCUCUGACUGAUAGGAGAUACAUGAGGCUUGCACAGUAGAGUCCUUCUGAGACAGUAGAGUAUUAAUCCAGUCCCUGUUCUCCUGAGGGACCUGAGUCUCCGCUGCGUUACAGACACAUGGCAGCAGCAUUACUCCACCUCACUAUCUCUCACAGCAAUCGGAGGCAGCUCCAUCUAACCAACAUACUGUAGCUACCAAUCAGAAGGACUUACAGGUUAUUAAGAAAACAUAAAAACAAAUAUUUCCCAUUCCUCUGUGUACCAUAGCUUUAAAUUAGGCAUGAUCCUGCAGUGGGCCAUAUAAUGUUUUAGACAUGACAUCAUCACAGUGUGGACAGUAACACACAUUGUGAGUAGAUAGUGGGAUUUUAGGCUGGGUAUCUGUAAAGCACUCUGUGACAACUGCUGAUGUAAAAAGGGCUUUAUAGAAUACAUUUGAUUGAUUGAUUGAUUGGUUGAUAGUUUUGAUUGGUUGAUUGAUAGUUUGUAGUCCCAUGGACUGAUGAUGGCUCUGUAAUAUCACCAGCAGCAGGCUACGGAGGAUGUGCAUCUGAAACAGGAAGUGACCCGUAUCGAGGAAGAGAGGAUCCAGGUGCUGAACAACAUAGAGGAGUUGGAGCAGAAGAUCAAAGACCUGGACAACCAGAUGGAUGAAUCCAUCAGAGAGGUAUGCAGCACAACACAACACAACACAACACCACACCACACAGCACAACACCACACCACAAAGCACCACACCACACAGCACCACACAACACCACACCACACCACACCACACCACACAACACCACACCACACAGCAGGACACAGCAGAACAGAGCACAGCAUGGGAGAGUGAAUGGAGGGGGCUUCACCCAUGCUGUGUGCUUUGUGUGUGUGUCAGUGGGUGUGGACAUGUGUGUUUAUGAGUUGGGAUACUUUGGAGUUAGGAAAUGAGUGUUUACAGUGGCUGGGUAAUGACACUAGUGGGGGGGGGGUCGUUUUGGUCUGUCUGUGUCUGGCUUUGAGGAGCUAAGAAUACUGAUUUAAAGCUGCAUUUGUUUGUGUGUAUGUAUGGUGCAGAUGGAGGUGGAGCGGGCUCUGCUGGAGGGGGAGCAGGUCUCUGAGAUGGCCCUGCUACAGAGGGAGAAGGAGGUACUGGACCAACUCAAUGACAAGAUUGGCAGCAUUGACAAGACAGUCCUCACAGACAAGUCCCAGGUAACUGCAGCAGACAUGUUGUCCAUCUCUGUGAGUUGGAUGCCAUUGCUUUCAGACACAGAGAAUGUAAGGUGGAGGGAGAGACAGACGGUCAGGGUACGUGUGGGAGUUGGGAUGUCAGUGGUGAGAAUCUGAGUUGGAGGAAUCUACAGUCCAGCCCACAGAUCUAAAUACAGUAGGCUGGCCUUCUUCACUUUUCGGCUGCCUCCUUUGUUCCUCCUUUACCUUCACUAACACUCUCUUUCCUCUCUCUCACUCUUUGCUGUGUUGUGGGUGUUGUUGUGUUCUUACUCGCACGCAUGUGUGUGCUCUUGUAUACGUGCGUGUAUGUGUGUGUCCACUGCUGUGCAGGGCAAAGCCCUGCUCGAUGCUGAGAGGGUAAAGGUAGAGAGGCUGGAGGAGCUUAUGUCUGACUAGAGGGCCCAGCUGGACACCUGUCCCGAGGCGCUCCAGGGUCAGUAAGACACAGCAGCUAACUCCUAACUGGUCCCUCAUGCUCCUCAGUUCAUAUGGAUGCUUCUGCUUCCCUCUCUGGCUGCCCCUCCUCCUCCUAACUGACUCCUCCCCUUCCCUUGUAGUCACCGUGGGUUUUCCUUUCUGUUCUGUUUCUGUGGCGCACAUAGAAUCCUCCACUUUGACCCUUCCCUCCCUUUUAUAGAUGUCCUCAUAUCCCCCCUGUCUCACUCAGACAGCUCCCUUCUUGUCCCUGGUUUCACUUGAUGGUCUCUCUGUUAUGGUUCAGACAGAGAUGGCCAAGUAUGGAAAGUGCAGUGACAUGAAGUAUGUGCUAAGAGAGUAGAAUGUAGGUUGCUGUUAUCUAGCUAAUGCAUUUUAUUGGCAUUACAGGAUAAUGGGAGCUCAUUAUCGUGGUCUAUUUGUCUGUAAAAUGUCAAUGUAUUUGUCUGUCUGUGAGUUUGAAUCCUCCAUACACGGACCAACUCAAAGCCAGUGCAUUCUCAACCUUAAAUGAUGUGCGUGUGUAUGUGUGUCUGUGUGUUGUCCGUCAGGAUGUUGAGGUGCUGGAGGCGGAGAGGAAGCGUUUUGAUGACCUGGAGUUCCAGCAGCUGGAGAGAGAGAGUCGUCAGGAAGAGGAGAAGGAGGAUCAGACCCAGCAUCUACUCCGAGAGAUAGCAGAUUACCAGCGUAGUACUGUCACACGCAAGGAGAGACUCCUGACCCUGAAGAAGCAGUCUACACAGAUUACCCAGCAGUCUCAGCGGGAGAAGGACAGCUUCCUGAAAGAGAAGAACAACCUGCUCCUCAUGCUUCAGAGGGUAAGAAGGUUUUUGAUUACUGGUUCUGUUUUGUGUCUGUAUACCUUUACCUUUGUUUGACUGACAGUCUGUGUGUUUCUAGGAGAGGGAGAACCUGGCCUCUCUGGAGAGGAAGUAUGCUGAACUGACUGGAGGGCAGGCCUUCCCUAACAACCCUGUUGCCAUGAAGGAGGUAUGAUGUACAAUACACUACUCACAGUGCAUAUGUCUGGCCAGCAGAGGGCAGCUGUCUGUACUAAGAGACUCAGUGCCUGACUGAAAUGCCUAACAGAGGUUCCUUUCUAAAAACCUCCCAUUUCUUAAUGUAAACCGUUUCCAUAUGUUUUAUUCCAACAUACAGGUACUGCGCUGAUUGUUGUUGAAAGAUAAGACACGUAAACAAAAGCAACAAAUACAAAACAGAAAAAAAAAUAAAAAUAAUAAUGAAUAAACCUUAACAUAAAAAAAAAUGGCACUAGCAAGACACAACACACACCGAGUGGAUUAGGUUGUAUACAUACUUUGAAGGAAUCAGUUAAUAUAUACAUGUACAGUCCAUAAAGAGGAAGGGAUCAUUGAUCAGACACAAUCCCUAGUCCCACUGAAUCUCCAUGUUCACAGUUAGUAAUGACCAUCUGUCCACAAAUUGAUCAUGCUUAAAUCUUAAUCUAAAUGUCAUUUUUCAAAUGAUGUAUAUUGUUCUUAUAAUUGACACUCCUCAUCUGUUGGAGGUUCUUUCUGGGGCCAUCUUAAUGCAGAGCUUUUUUAGCUGCAAUGAAAAGUAUUUGUAACAAAUAUAAUUUCUUCCUUUCUAACACCAUGUCCGAUUUGGAUCCAAGAAUGGCUAACAUGGGAUCUGUGGGUUCUGAAAAAACGACUGACUCUUUUCCACUGAAAUUCCCCUCCAUGAAUUUGCAUUGGUAACUUUAUGAGCUUCAGAGAAUAUAUCUAACCAUGUCUCUUCACUUAUCUUGAUGAAGUUCACCUUACCACCUUUGUCUAAGAAUCAAUAUGCUAUCUUGAUCAAUGUGUUAUCUUGUUUCAUGGCUGAUAAAGCCCUGUAUAAGUUAGUUGUUGGUUUCUCAGUGUAUUGAUUCUCCUGGACUCUGGCUAAGUAUUGUUCUAUGGCCAAGGGGGUGCCUUGUAACCUUAACCAGUUUUGGUGUUUGAAUAGAAAUCUUCUUACUUGUAGAUACCUGAAAAAGUCUGACCUUCGUAUUUUAAACUCAGAGCUCAGUCUUUCAAAUGAUUUUAGAGUACCCUUUUCAAAUAAUUGAUGAACAUAUUGGAGUUUCAAAUGUGCCCAGUUUCUAAAACCUGUGUCUAAACGUAGCGACAAUGGAUGAUAACACUGAGAUUCCUGUAGGAAGGUUGAAAACUCGCUGCGUCGCUUUCCAUUCUUUAUAUGUGGUUCCUGCCCAUUUUCCAUGACUCACUCUAUAUAGUUUCCUCAGUGAAUGGGAGUACAGAUAGAGGGACCAAAGUCAAGUCAGACUUUUCUAUUUCCAGCCAUCUUGUACCUGCAGCUUCAGACAUACUGUAAUGGCCCUAAAUUGGGUUGCAAGCCAGUAAUGUUUAAGAUACUGCACAUCCUCCCUGUUUUUAUGUUUAUUUUGACUUUAUAUCUGACCCUGGGAUGUCGUCCCUGCCAGAUCAAUCUGGAGAUGAGUUUGUCUAAUAGCACAAACAGAUUUGGGUGGUGAGAUUGGAAGUGUUUGAAAGGGGAACAGUAAUCUAGGUAAUACGUUCAUUCUUAUUGAUUGUACCUUUCCCGAUAGGGUGAGGGGCAGCACAGACCAGCGGUCCAGAUCUCCUUUGAUUCUAUCUAUCAGCUUGGUGUAGUUGGCUUUGUAUAAGUUAUCCAGAUCAGCAGGUAUAGUAUUUCCUAGAUAUGUGAUAGCUUCAUUCGGCUACUUAAAAGAGAACAAUGUUUUUAUAUAGGGGGUGAUAUGUGUAUUUAAGGCCAGUGCUUCCGUUUUAUUAACAUUCAUCUUGUACCUGGAGGAACUGCCAAAUUAUUUAAGACGUUCUAUUAGCUUUGAGACAGAGUUCACAGGGUCAGACGUAGCAGACCUUUACUACAACAUCGUCAGCGUACAAUUAUAUUUUAACCUUUAUUCCUUUAACAUGUUGAUGUUUCUGUUCUGGUCUGUGCAGCACUUCCGCUUUCUGGAGGAGAGGAGGCGGGGCAGUAAGGAGAACUCCUCCCACCUCAGUGACACUCUGCCCCGUAAGAGGAGCCAGCAGCCCCUCAGUCACUACAGCAGCUCUACCCUGGGCCGUAGCCUGUCCCCUAAGGUGAGCAUGGGGGACCAACCUCCCAUCCCUGGGCCGUAGCCUGUCCCCUAAGGUGAGCAUGGGGGACCAACCUCCCAUCCCUGGGCCGUAGCCUGUCCCCUAAGGUGAGCAUGGGGGACCAACCUCCCAUCCCUGGGCCGUAGCCUGUCCCCUAAGGUGAGCAUGGGGGACCAACCUCCCAUCCCUGGGCCGUAGCCUGUCCCCUAAGGUGAGCAUGGGGGACCAACCUCCCAUCCCUGGGCCGUAGCCUGUCCCCUAAGGUGAGCAUGGGGGACCAACCUCCCAUCCUGGGCCGUAGCCUGUCCCCUAAGGUGAGCAUGGGGGACCAACCUCCCAUCCCUGGGCCGUAGCCUGUCCCCUAAGGUGAGCAUGGGGGACCAACCUCCCAUCCCUGGGCCGUAGCCUGUCCCCUAAGGUGAGCAUGGGGGACCAACCUCCCAUCCCUGGGCCGUAGCCUGUCCCCUAAGGUGAGCAUGGGGGAACCAACCUCCCAUCCCUGGGCCGUAGCCUGUCCCCUAAGGUGAGCAUGGGGGACCAACCUCCCAUCCCUGGGCCGUAGCCUGUCCCCUAAGGUGAGCAUGGGGGACCAACCUUCCCAUCCCUGGGCCGUAGCCUGUCCCCUAAGGUGAGCAUGGGGGACCAACCUCCAUCCCUGGGCCGUAGCCUGUCCCCUAAGGUGAGCAUGGGGGACCAACCUCCCAUCCCUGGGCCGUAGCCUGUCCCCUAAGGUGAGCAUGGGGGACCAACCUCCCAUCCCUGGGCCGUAGCCUGUCCCCUAAGGUGAGCAUGGGGGACCAACCUCCCAUCCCUGGGCCGUAGCCUGUCCCCUAAGGUGAGCAUGGGGGACCAACCUCCCAUCCCUGGGCCGUAGCCUGUCCCCUAAGGUGAGCAUGGGGGACCAACCUCCCAUCCCUGGGCCGUAGCCUGUCCCCUAAGGUGAGCAUGGGGGACCAACCUCCCAUCCCUGGGCCGUAGCCUGUCCCCUAAGGUGAGCAUGGGGGACCAACCUCCCAUCCCUGGACCGUAGCCUGUCCCCUAAGGUGAGCAUGGGGGACCAACCUCCCAUCCCUGGGCCGUAGCCUGUCCCCUAAGGUGAGCAUGGGGGACCAACCUCCCAUCCCUGGGCCGUAGCCUGUCCCCUAAGGUGAGCAUGGGGGACCAACCUCCACUCCCAGGGCUGCAGCCUGUCCCCUAAGGUGAGCAUUUGGGGAACCAGACCAACCUCUCCUCCCUGGGGUCAGCUGGACAUAGGACAACCACAGGGGUUAGAUCAGCAGUGCACAACUCCCUCAGGGCCUUAAUUUCUCUUAAUUUAAUAAUUAAUUGAUAAUGCCAGAGUCCCAGCAUCUGAUUACUGGAGCUUUGGGUUAGAGAGACACUUACCAGGUCAUCUCACUCUCUGUCUGUUGUGUCCGUCUGUCUACUCUGCAGUCUCACCUGCCCCUGUCCCAGAGCUCCAGCUGUGGUAGUAUAAUCCCCCGGGGCCUCUCUGUCUCUCCCAGAGUUCUGGAAACUCGACGCCUGCUCAAGGGUGAGCCAAAACACAGUUCUGUCUGUGCAUACUUCAAUUUGUAUUUUAUUUUUAUGAUGCCUCUAAUGACUUAUUGUCUAGAAUUUCAAUAUUAGUUGGAGGAGAGGAAGCAUUCUCUUUAAAGUAUUAUUCUGAACUUUGUUUAUUUGUAUCUACACUGAACAAAAAUAUGAAUGCAACAUGCAACAAUUUCUAAGAUUUUACUUAGUUACAGUUCAUAUAAGGAAAUCAGUCAAUUGAAAUAAAUAAAUUAGACCCUAAUCUAUGGAUUUCACAUGACUGGAAAUACAGAUAUGCAUCUGUUGGUCACAGAUACACUAUAUAUACAAAAGUAUGUGGACAUCUCUUAAAAUUAGUGGAUUUGGCUAUUUCAGCCACUGACAGGAGUAUAAAAUUGAGCACACAGCCAGGCCCUCUCCAUAGACAAACAUUGGCAGUAGAAUGGCCUUACUGAAAAACUCAUAGGAUGCCACCUUUCCAACAAGUCAGUUCGUCAAAUUUCUGCCCUGCUAGAGCUGCCCCGGUCAACUGUAAGUGCUGUUAUUGUGAAGUGGAAACGUCUAAGAGCAACAACGUCUCAGCCGCGAAGUGGUAGGCUACACAAGCUCACAGAACGGGACCGCCGAGUGCUGAAGCACGUAGCUCGUAAAAAUCGUCUGUCGUCGGUUACUACACUUACUACCGAGUUCCAAACUGCCUCUGGAAGCAACGUCAGCACAAGAACUGUUCGUCGGGAUCUUCAUGAAAUGGGUUUCCAUGGCCGAGCAGCUGCACACAAGCCUAAGAUCACCAUGCACAAUGCCAAGCGUCCGCUGGUGUAAAGCUCGCCGCCAUUGGACUCUGGAGCAGUGGAAACGCGUUCUCUGGAGUGAUGAAUCACGUUUCACCAUCUGGCAGUCCGACGGACAAAUCUGGGUUUGAUGGAUGCCAGGAGAACGCUACCUGCCCAAAUGCAUAGUGCCAACUGUAAAGUUUGGUGGAGGAGGAAUAAUGGUCUGGGGCUGUUUUUCAUGGUUCGGGCUAGGCCCCUUAGUUCCAGUGAAGGGAAAUCUUAACGCUAGAGCAUACAUUGACAUUCUAGACAAUUCUGAGCUUCCAACUUUGUGGCAACAGUUUGGGGAAGGCCCUUUCCUGUUUCAGCAAAACAACGCCUUCGUGCACAAAGCGAGGUCCAUACAGAAAUGGUUUGACGAAAUCGGUGUGGAAGAACUUGACUGGCCUGCAUAGAGCCCUGACCUCAACCCCAUCGAACUGGCCUGGUCAUGUAGUGUACCUUAAGGUAGGAGCAUGGAUCAGAAAACCAGUCAGUGAUCUGGUAUGACCAUAAUUUGCCUCAUGCAGCGCGACACAUCUCCUUCACAUAGAGCUGAUCAGGCUGUUGAUUGUGGCCUGUGGAAUGUUGUCCCACUCCUCUUCAGUGGCUGUGCAAAGUUGCUGGAUAUUGGUGGGAACUGGAACAUGCUGUCGUACACGUCGAUCCAGAGCAUCCCAAACAUGCUCAAUGGGUGACAUGUCUGGUGUGUAUGCAGGCCAUGGAAGAACUCUGACAUUUUAAGCUUCCUGGAAUUGUGUACAGAUCCUUGCGACAUGGGGCCGUGCAUUAUCAUGCUGAAACAUGAGGUGAUGGCAGCGGAUUAAUGGUACGACAAUGGGCCUCAGGAUCUCAUUACAGUAUCUCUGUGAAUUCAAAUUGCCAUCAAUAAAAUGCAAUUGUGUUCAUUGUCCGUUGCUCAUGCCUGCCCAUACCAUAACCCCAUCACCACCAUGGGGCACUCUGUUCACAAAGUUGACAUCAGCAAACCACUCACCCACACAACACCAUACAUGCUCUCUGCCAUCUGCCCGGUACAGUUGAAACCGAAGGUGGCCAUCGAAGGUGAGCAUUUUCCCACAAGUCGGUUACGACGCCGAACUGCAGUCAGGUCAAAACCCUGGUGAGGACAACGAGCACGCAGAUAUUCUUUGGUUGUGCAAACCUACAGUUUCAUCAGCUGUCCGGGUGGCUGGUCCCAAACGAUCCCGCAGGUGAAGAAACCGGAUGUGGAGGUCCUGAGCUGGCAUGGUUACACAUGGUCUGCGGUUAUGAGGCCGGUUGGAAGUACUGCCAAAUUCUCUAAAACGACAUUGGAGGCGGCUUAUGGUAGAGACAUAAACAUUCAAUUCUCUGGCAACAGCUCUGGUGGACAUUCCUGCAGUCAGCAUGCCAAUUUCACUCUCCCUCAAAACUGGAGACAUCUGUGACAUUGGGUUGUGUGACAAAACUGCACAUUUUAGAGUGGCCUUUUAUUGUCCCCAGCACAAGGUGCACCUGUGUAAUGAUCAUGCUGUUUAAUCAGAUUUCAUGAUAUGCCACUCCUGUCAGGUGGAGGGAUUAUCUUGGCAACAGAGAAAUGCUCACUAACAGGGAUGUAAACAAAUUUGUGCACAAAAUUUGAGAGAAAUACGCUUUUUGUGCGUAUGGAACAUUUCUGGUAUCUUUUAAAACAUGGGACCAACACUUUACAGGUUGCGUUUAUAUUUUUGUUCAGUGUUGUAACACCAUCUCAUUAUCUCUCUGUCUCUCUCUGGCUUUUCUCUAAUUGUCCCUGGAUUCCCUGCCUCUCUCCCUACCUACUUCCUGUUUCUCACGGCAUGCUAGCUACAUGCUGCAGAGAUAGACAUUCAUAGCUUUUCCUCUCCUGUGUGACCUGGUCUACAUUUAUUUAUUUUUUAAAUAAAUGUUUCUUCUAAAUUUUGUAUCCUUUUUUUUUGUCAUUUAGCAGACGCUCUUAUCCAGAGCAACUUACAGUUAGUGAGUGCAUACAUUUUUCAUACUACAUUGCAUGUUAGUUAACAUGGACGGCCACAGGGCGUCUUUCCUCCAGUGUCCAUUAGCAUCGGUCUGAGCAGUAAUGACAUGUUCAACUCUACUCUUAUAGUAUAUCAAGCGGAAGGAACAAGAGCCUUUGGAAACAGGUCUGAGGGGGUUGAAUGACCAUGCCCAUUUCAGUGUUGGAGGGGAAUAUACUAUUUGUGUAUCAGCAAUACCCUCUGACCAACUGCAAUUAAGUUGUGACAGUUAACCAGCAACAAACAUUUUAAAUGUUUAAUCUAAUCUGAUAAAAGGCUUUAUAAAGUAUGUCUGUCUGUGUGUCCAUCUGUCUCUCAGCAGGCCACAGCCACCUGUACAUGAAUGAGGACAGACAGAGACUGGUUGACCUGUGUAGCAGGGCCGUGUCUGAGUCCAAUGUCUUCCUGGACCCCUUCCACUACGCAGACAACGGCCAUGGCUUCGACACGCUCAGCGCGGACAGCUCUGACAGCAUGGAGACCAGCAUCUCUGCCUGCUCCCCAGACAACAUCUCCAGGUGAGAGAGAGAACUGUAGGACCAUUGUUCAAGUAGGGCACUUCUUCAAGUAGGACCACUGUUAAAGUAGGAUCAUUGUUAGCUCAAUGUAACAUUAGUUGAAAAGAGCAUUUUUGUUCAGAGGAGAACUGGGGACAUGGCCUGUCAGAGACAUGUUAUGAAUUAGAGAGAUGUGACUCAGCAUCACUCCAUAUUCAUUUCUGUGAUUAAGCGAAGCGUACAGGAGUGAAGCUGAGUGAAGCGUGCAGGGGUGAAGCUGAGUGAAGCGUGCAGGAGUGAAGCUGAGUGAAGCGUGCAGGAGUGAAGCGAGCAGGAAUGAGGCUGAGUGAAGCGUUCAGGCGUGAAGCUAAGUGAAGCGUGCAGGAGUGAAGCGAGCAGGAAUGAGGCUGAGUGAAGCGUUCAGGCGUGAAGCGAGCAGGAGUGAAGCUGAGUGAAGUUGUGCGAAGCACGCAAGAGUGAGGCAGGGUGAGAGCCCCAGAUGGAGGGCUGACCAGCAGGGAGGGGGGAGGCUGAGGCUGGUGCAGAAGGGUCACACACACAGCUGUGCUCUCAGUAAAGGGGCCCAGCUACCUCUCAGAGCCUCGUGGAGAUCCAGCCCGUCAGUACUGUUAGUGUGUUGCUGGGAUAGUGUCAGGAUGCUGAAUCUGAUGUGAGUAAAGAGCUUGUUUGUGUGCUUGUGUGUUGGUACUGGUGCUUAGUUGUCUGUUGAAGAGAAGAGGCUGUGCUGUGUUUGUUUAAACCAAAAGCAUCAUUUUUGCAUCCUUUGUUGUUACAACUUGUGUUAUUGUUUUUAAUCAAGUACUAGUACUUUGUCAACCAUGUUCUUGUCAGAAAUAAUCAGUUACAUUAAAUCAGUUGAACUCUCAGACAAAAGUUGAUUCUGCUCGUUGCACAUGGUUCUGUAGACUCUUUUCCAUUAGAUCUCAUGCUCUUCCAAGUGAAACUAUUAGAUUCAUUCUAAAUCUUCAUGAUAUCCUGAUACAAUGGGAAAACAAUGUUUAUUUCUAUAUGUCUGCAGAGUAUUGGCAGGUAGCCUAGCGGUUAAGAGCGUUUGGCCGGUAACCGAAAGGUCACUGGUUCAAAUCCCCGAGCCGACUAACUGAAAAAUCUGUCUGUGCCCUUGAGCAAGGCACUUAAACCUAAUUGCUUAUCUGGAUAAGAGCGUCUGCUAGAAUGUCAAUAUAAUGUUGUUUGGUGUGUCAUGCUAGUCCUGUACUUUUUAUUUAUUUAACCUUUAUUUUGACAGGGAAGUCAGACUGAGACUAGGGUCUCUUUUACAGAUGAGCCUUGCAUAAAUACAUCAAACACAUACAAUAUACAAAAUUACAAAACAUAUAUUAAGAAAAACAGACACAUUUAUCAACAUAAGAGGUCUCCGAUCAAUACUCUGAACUGACCAAGGGGGACCAGAACAUUUACUAGUGGGACCCAAACAUUUUAUUUUGUUAGUGAGGAUGCUGAACAACGUGUCUUGGCUAUAUGUUGUCCAGCUGUCUCACACCCAGUUUUAUAAGCAGGAGAGGUGUUUUUAUAAACAGAAAAGGUGUGUUUUCUACAUUACUGAUUCCGUACACAUAGGACCACCCUGAAAGUGAAAAUUGGUUAAGUGUGUGAGAGUGAUCUUGGUCAGUCCAUACAGUAUAUACAGGAUGUAAAAAAUAUUUGAGCGAAUGUAGUGUCUAUACGUUGUACAGAAUGUGAUGGUAUGACUGGUGCAGAGGUGCAGUGUUCAUGUUAACUUUAUAGUAAGGGCCCUGGUCUGGAAUUUCACUCACACGUAAUAGGUUCCAGGAUGGACAGUCCUUUUCCUGGUGGGCAUGUGUCCUCUCUUUGCUUUGUGUUUAUGAAACCUUUUUUCCACAGUGCCAGCACAUCCAAUGUAGCAAAGAUUGAGGAGAUGGAACGUUUGUUACGAGAGGCCCAGGCUGACAAGUAUCGACUCCUUGAGCACAAGGUAAUGAAACCUUCAUAAGUAAAACCAUCUCUACCGCCCUCUUUGUGUGUGUGUGUGUGUGUGUGUGUGUGUGUUGACCAUGCUGUAACUUUCUGUGUAGGAGCGUGAGAUGGAGGUGCGCCGGCAGGCCCUGGAGGAGGAGCGGAGGAGGAGGGAGGACCUGGAGAAGAGACUGCAGGAGGAGACCAGCAGGAGGCAGAAGAUGAUCGAGGUGAAGCUACGUGAGAAACAGAGGGCACAGGUGGGAGAUCCAGAAAGGGCCAAGAUUCAUAAUACCAAUCAUUUCAGAUGCAUGGUCAUUUAAAUAGGAAAUAGCUUUAAAAUGCUUUAAAGCAACUAUGAAAUUUUUAAGAAAAAUGUCUAGCAGAUCUUUAACUUGAAUUUAGCUUUAAGCCAUGGGCUCAACACAGACCAGACACCUCUGACCCUUGUCCCUAGGCCCGGCCGCUGACACGCUACCUCCCUCAGAGGAAGGAUGACUUUGACCUCCAUGGUCACAUCGAGGCAGCUGGACACAACCCAGACAACUGCUACCACCUGGCCAUCACAGAUAAAACCUGCAGAGGGUUCCUGGUCAAGAUGGGUGGGAAGAUCAAGACCUGGAAGAAACGCUGGUUUGUCUUCGACCGGAACCGCAGGACCCUGGCCUACUAUGCAGGUACCUUCUACUAUCUUUCCCUCGCUUUCUCUCUCCUUUUUCUCCUACUGACAUUAUCUCUCUCUCUCUUUCUCUCUCUCUUCUCUCUCUGUCUGUUGCAGUUGUAAAUGGUAGAUUAAUCAGAGCGCUGCAAGAAAAGCAGCGAUGACAUCUUAAUCAAGCUAAGCUGUUUUACUCUGGAAAUCUAGGAAGAGCUUUGAUUGAAGUGAUGGUUUUGUUUCACCACACAUUAACAUGGUCAUCCUAGCGCUACAGUAUUGUGCUCUCUUACAGACAAACAUGAGGUCAAGAUGAAAGGGGUCAUAUACUUCCAAGCCAUAGAAGAGGUUUACUAUGACCAUUUAAAGAAUGCACACAAGGUAAGGGACAAAUGGUAUACACAUUUAAAGUAUUGAAGUAUCCGUAUUUUAUGGUAAGAAACAAAAAAAUUCUUAAACUAUAGUGACAUUGCUUUUCUUUUUACUCCCUCUUUUGCAACUCCCUCCCUCCCUCACAGAGCCCCAACCCAUCUCUGACUUUCAGUGUGAAGACCCAUGACAGGGUGUACUACAUGGUGUCUCCCUCCCCUGAAGCUAUGCGUAUCUGGAUGGACGUAAUCGUUACCGGGGCAGAGGGAUAUAUGCAAUUCAUGGUC